AUGACCGCCGGCGGUGUUGGUUCGAAGGCGAGGCCGAAUCGGCCGCCGAUUUUCGACUACCCAAAAUUACCAGAAAUCAAAUUAUGCUUUAUUGUAACUAUUAUCACGAUGACGUAUGCCUGGUACGGCGUUUACCAAGCUAGCCAAAACUACAAAUGGCGAAUGGGCGAUUUCGGCAUCUGGAGUCGUCCGCCAUUGAUCGGCAAUUUGACGGGAAAUCGAAUGAAGGACGUCACCAAUUGGGAAUGGUCUCGAUGGUCCCCGAUGGCGUUGAACUAUCUGCCCGUCUACCUCGCCCAUUUCCUAUUGUUCAAUAUCGGCAGCGCCUAUCUCGCCGACGCCAUAUUUAUUCCGACGUACACGCUCGCCUCAAUCGCCGCCGUCGCCUACAGCUUCACGCCGUUCCUUGUCGUCGUCUCAAUCGUUCUGGGAUUCGGCGUCUUUCUGACGGCCACCUACGUUCGAAAAACCUACGCGGUCUGGCUAAGCGCCCUACCCGUAUUGUAUAUUCUGAUGCACGAGUCGACAAGCGUCGCCGACGAUCCGUUUCUCAUAUUCACAUUUCUGUCGUAUUCAAUGAUCAGCUACAUCUCAUUUUCGUUGGAGCAUCUGCGCGGCGAGACGCGCAACGAGGACGACACGUUGGCGAAGCGUCUCCUUCGCAUGUACUUCUACGCGUUCUAUCAGCCCUACCUAUUCUCGCUGAUCGUCUUGUAUCCCGAUUUCGAGCGUCAAAUGCGCGAGCGUCGCGUGAGACGACGCGAUUGGGCGGCGACGUUGUGGUUCGGCGCGCGCAUCGCAUUCUGGUGGUGGUUCAUGGACGCCUCGUUGCACUUCUUCUAUCACGAAGCGGUGCUCAAGAAUCAAGCGUACCUCUAUUCGCUGCCCAAGGAUCAGUUCGUCGCGUUGGGAAUGGCGCUCGGCAUCUUCUUUCAUCUCAAGUACGCCGUCAUUUUCGGACUGCCGUCGUUCUUCGCCAAACUCGACAACAUGGAUCCGCUGCCGGGCCCGAUUUGUCUCAUUCGCGUCACACUAUAUUCAAAGGUGUGGCGUGAAUUCGAUCGCGGCCUCUACCAGUUCUUCAAAAAGUACAUAUUUGUGCCGAUUUGCGCGCCGACGUUCUCGUUGCCGCGCAAAAUCUUAGGCGUUCUCAUUUCCUACGGCUUCGUCCUUCUAUGGCACGGCUUCUACCAUCACAACAUCGUGUGGAUCGCGUUGAACAUUCUCGCGCUAUUCAUUGAAAUGACGUCCAAGUCGGUCUACACGAUCGAAUCGGUUCGCAAAUAUCGCGAGUCGAUGAUCACCGACGUCAACUUCCGACGCCUUCUCGCCUGGUGCCACAUUUUGCCGUUCGCCAUCGGCCUCUACUCAAACUUCUAUUUUCUUGGCGGCUCCGACGUCGGCGCGGCGUUCGUCCAACGAUUCCUCAUCGAGGAGACGAUCACCGUCCGAUGGCCGUUCCUGUUGAUCAUCUCGCUGGGAUGGUUCCAUAUGAACACCGCCAUGGAAGUGGAUCGGAUUAAGAGUGAGAAUGCCAAACGCAAGGUGCAAUGA